UUAACUAAGGAUCUAUUUUUAACCAUACUCAAAUUUUGUAUAAAAGAAAAUCGCUAUUUUAAGUAUAAUGACAAGAUUUAUGAGCAAAGGUCGGGUAUGCCUAUGGGUUCACCAGCAUCACCCGUGAUAGCAGACAUAGUUAUGGAGGAACUAUUGACGAAUUUCGAGAAAGACUCUGACAAUAAACAACGAUUAUUAACUAAAUAUGUAGAUGACGUAUUUGCAAUUAUCAAAACAGAAACUAUGGACAAGAUGCUUAACACUCUAAACAACUAUAAUAAAACAAUAAAAUUUACAAUCGAAAUAGAAAGAGAUGGACAAUUGCCUUAUCUGGACACCCUAAUAAUUAGAAAGAACAAUAUAAUAACAUUCGACUGGUAUAAAAAACCGACAGCAUCAGGGAGGCUCAUAAAUUUCAACUCCAAACAUGAGAAGAAAGCAAUUCUAAAUACGGCUAGCAAUUUUAUAAGAAGAGUUCUCUCCAUAAGUGACCAAAUUUAUCACACGAAGAAUAUUACCAUAAUUAAAGAAAUCCUAGGACGAAACGAAUUUCCUCGGGGUAUGAUUAAUAAGCUCAUACGUAACUACUACGUAAGAAACAAUAAGGGGGAAAAAAUAAAGAGUUAAAUAAUAAAGUUUAUAAAUCGACGACCUAUAUUCCGGGAUUAUCGGAGAGGAUUAAACAUUCCAAAAUGUAUGACAAGGAGAACUUUAAAA